AGGGGCGUGAGUAGGUGCGCAUUAUUUACAACUCUCAGUACAUGUAAACAAAAGGUAAUCAUCAGCACAGCACAGCACAGUGGCAGUGAACAACUAUAGAGACAAGAUCGUGUAUUGUGGAGAUGCCUUUGUUUGCAAAGAAGCCUGAUCCAAAGGAACAGGUAAGGGAGUGGCGUUCAAAGCUGCGGAAGGAACAGCGUGGACUAGACCGACAGAUACGAAGUAUCCAGACUGAGGAGGGUAAGGUCAAGAAGUCCAUUAAGGAUGCAGCUAAGAAGGGCCACACUGAUGUAGCCAAGAUACUCGCUAAAGAGCUUAUCCAAUCUCGCAAGGCAGUCAGUAAAAUAUACGCAUCUAAAGCUCAGAUGAACUCAGUUGUGAUGAGCAUGCAGCAACAGCUCUCUAUGCUAAGAAUGUCUGGAUCCAUUCAGAAGAGCACAGAGGUAAUGGCUGCCAUGAGGAAUCUCAUCAAGCUACCUGAGAUCCAGGCCACCAUGAUGGAACUAAGUAGAGAGAUGAGCAAAGCAGGUCUCAUGGAAGAGAUGAUGGAGGACACUUUUGAAGGGCUUGAAGACGAUGAUCUCGAGGAAGAGGCUGACAAAGAGGUGGAUAAGAUCCUCUGGGAAGUCACCAAUGGUCAACUUGGAGUCCUUGGUCCAGUGAGCAGUAAGGCACCUGACCAACCAGAGGCUGUUCCAGAGGCAGCCAUGGACUCGGAUGAGGAAGGGGAAGAUCUCCAGGAGAGACUGUCAGCACUAAGAUCUUAAUAACUAUCAACAUUUUUAAUGUAGUACAUGUUAUUCCUGUCCCUGUAAUUAUAUAUAAUUAUUGUGUGUUUGUGUCAUUAACUGCACAUGAGAUUUUAUAUAACUUG